UACUCCAACAGCAUGGCACACCGACUCCGCGCGCUUGCACACCGAUUCGGCACCAGAGUUCUUUCGAAAACCAAAAUUCUCGGCGUGUACAAAUCUCGAUUCGGCAGGGAAAUCCUCGAGUCUCUACACAUCAAAUCUUUUAGUCUCUACCUGUCCAGCCCAUCCGUUUUUCUUUCCGAUCGAGAGAUUCACUUCCUGUGGGGCGAGAGGGCUCCUCUAAAGUUGCUCGGCGCAUACCGGGAAUACAUCUACGCAGGUAAGAAUUCGACAGCCAAGUAA